AUGAAGUCUACCAAACUACUAGACGGCCACGGAAGUCUCUACAAAGAAGUACGCUUCUCUCCGACCGAAAUACCAGCCCGUCGCACAAAAUCCGUUUCAGCCACAUUCCCUCCUGUAUUUUCAGGCUACGGCCGAACUGUAUUCCAAGACUCGGCGUUGGUGAAUUCGUCCACCAUGGAUACGUCCUAUAUCGACCAAUCGCGAGCGCUUCUCCAAAGCCAACGGCUGAACUUUGAGACCGAGAGGGAAUUGUUUGCACAGGAGCGACGGUUAUGGGAGAAAGAGCGGGCGCUGUUGCGAUCGAAGAUUGCCGAGCUGGAGGUGUUUGUGAAAAGUCAAGGGAACAAAACAAAACAGUUGGGAUCAGAAGCAGCCAAGCUUGUGCUUUCAGGUGGAAUAUCGCAGUAUAGCACAAAUAGCUUCGCAGCUCAGGUGUGGGAGGGGACAAGUCCAGGCAAUCGGCCAACAAGGGUGUUCUUCGAUCAUGAAUCUCCAGAUCAAAACUAUCUAUCGCUAAUUUCCGAAAGUGGGAAUCCGCCAUCCCUUGAUCGCGCCCUUUCACCCCAGUCGCGACCAGUAGACCCUUCUGGAGCGCCUGUGAGCCAGCCAGUGCCGAUCGAAAAGCUUGACAGCACCCUGGAUGGCAUCACGCUCAAAUCCACGGCGCUUCCACCCGCGGUAGUGGCGCGAGUGAUCACCCCGCCCUCCCCGUCGCCCCUACUAACCCCUCCUGGAACGGCCCCUUCAACCGCAGCAAGGCCUCUCAUGGAACAUCGACACAGUCUCAAAUUGAAGCUGUCAGAGCUUGGCCCGCCCAAUGAGAACUUGCUCCGCCAUGCAGGUCACACCCCAAUGGCAAUCAUCGACGCUGAUGAUAGUAGACGGUCCACCCAGGAGGGUACUCCCCUCGAGGUUGAGGAGGCCCCUCUUGCGGCCGUGGCGAACGUUCAUCAGCCCGCCGAAAACGAGAUCUCCUACUUCCCAGAUUUGCCAGACGACCCCGCUCUCACGGGGCCCCUCGGUCUGAUUAAUGAUAAGGAGCAUGACUCCAAUUUUUUGAGCGAAUUAGAUCAGAAACUCCUUGUUCAAGCGAAGAAUAUCCUGGGCAACUCGGUUGAAUCGGCUGAUCCCAAUGAGACUGAUUCUGAGUCUGAGUUCCCUCGCCAAGGCGAAGAAGAACCUGAAAUCAAGUUCAAGAAAUCAACUAAUUUUGGCACUGCAUUUGGAAUAUCGAAGUCAGGUCAGGUCUAA